AUGGCCGUCAUCUCCACUCCCCUCACCGAGCUCUUCGGCAUCGACCACCCCGUCAUCCUCGCGGGUAUGAACGUCGCUGCCGGCCCCCGCCUGGCUGCUGCCGUCACCAACGCCGGUGGUCUCGGUGUCAUCGGAGGUGUCCGUCAGACCCCCAAGAUUCUGCGCCAGAACAUCAAGGAGCUCAAGGAGGGUCUUGACCGCAAGGACGCUCCCUUCGGUGUCGACCUCCUCCUCCCCUCCGUCGGCGGCACCGCCCGUAAGACUAACUACGACUACACCGGUGGACAGCUCGACCAGCUCCUCGACGUCAUCAUCGAGGAGGGCACCAAGCUCUUCGUCUCUGCUGUUGGUGUUCCCCCGGCCUACGCCGUCGAGAAGCUGCACAAGGCUGGCAUCCUCGUCAUGAACAUGGUCGGCCACCCCAAGCACGUCAAGAAAGCGCUCGACGUUGGCGUUGACAUCAUCUGUGCCCAGGGAGGCGAGGGAGGCGGCCACACCGGUGACACGCCCACCUCGAUCCUGAUCCCCGCCUGUGUUGAUGCCUGCAAGGGCCGUACCUCCCCUCUCACUGGCAAGCCGAUCUACGUCGUCGCCGCUGGUGGCAUCUACGACGGCCGCGGACUGGCUGCCGCUCUCUCCUGGGGCGCCCAGGCUGUUUGGGUCGGUACUCGCUUCGUCGCCUCCGUCGAGGCCGGUGCUCCCAAGAAGCACAAGGAGCUCGUCGUCUCGGCUGGCUUUGGCGACGCCGAGCGCACCCUCAUCUACUCUGGUCGCCCUAUGCGUGUCCGCCGCACCGACUACGUCAAGCAGUGGGAGAAGCGUCAGGACGAGAUCGAGAAGCUCUGCUCCGAGGGCAAGAUCCCCCACGAGGUUGAGCUUUCUAAGAAGCCGGAGCUCUCCAUGCCCGGUCGUGCCUGGCUCAUGGGCAGUGUUUCUGCUGUGAUCGACCAGGUGCUCCCGGCGAAGACCAUUAUUGACAACUUCGUGUACGGCGCGAAGGAGGUCAUCGAGGCGAACAACGCCAAGCUCGUCGGCGGAGCGCGUGCCCGUCUCUAA